AUGGCACUUUCCGAGUUUGAGAGAAAACGUCAGGAGAAUAUCCAGAGGAAUAAACAACUACUUGAACAAUUGGAGCUAGAUACAAUCUCAGCAUCGCUUCCUACAAGAACUCCUACGCCUCCAACUAAAAAACGAAAGACUGCCACCAGUCAUAAACCCGUCAAGAAAGAAGUAGUUGAACCCACGCGUAGAUCACGUCGUAUUGCCGGGAUACAAACUGAAUUGGAAAAUCCUGAGGAGUAUGCUAGAAUUCAAGAGGAACAGGAAGAGAAAGAGAGACAGAAGAAGGAGAUUGAAAAGUUGAAGCGGACAAAGUUAUUUGUUGAAGAUAAUGGACAAUCGGAACGUGUUCUUCAUCUCAUUCAAUCUCUCGGUGAUAAGUUCUCGGCUGGAGAUUUCUAUGAAUUCAUUAGGUCGAACGAAUCGGAUAAAUCGCUUGAAGAAAAACGGAAAAAGUUUGACAAAUUGCACAUCUAUAAGAAACAUGACCCGUUGGAUAUCAAGAUGUCUCAUGGAAGAAUCACCGCAAUGCAUUUCCAUCCAGCUACCAAGGACAGGCUAAUUCUUGGUGGUGAUACCUUUGGUAAUGUUGGUAUUUGGUGUGUUGAUGACACCAAUCCCAUACCUGCAAUAACCAUCCUUCAUCCUCAUGGAAGAAACAUUUCCAAGAUUCUCACUCCUGCCCAUUCUCCUUCCAAGAUAUACUCCGCUUCCUAUGAUGGAAGUGUGCGAGAAUUGGAUUUACACAAACUUUCAACUAAUGAAGUUGCCUACUUGAAUGAUCCAUAUGAAAAAGCCGACUAUCCCUUGGGAGUUUCCGAUAUAAAUCAUUGCAUAGACGAUCCCCACAUUUUAUACAUGACUACCCUUGAAGGACAUUUCUACAAACAUGACACCCGUACACCAUUCAAAUCAACCAGCAAGAAGGGAUUGUUACGUCUUCACGACAAGAAAAUCGGAGGUUUUGCCAUAAACCCCAAUGCCUCCUACCAAAUCGCUACUGCUUCCCUCGAUAGAACUUUACGAAUUUGGGAUUUAAGAAACAUUGGCAAAUCAACUUGGUCGGAAUUUGAUCAACAGAAUUCCCCUCAUGCUUAUGGAAGUUAUGGAAGUAGAUUGAGUGUCUCUUGUGUUGAUUGGAACAGCGAUAAUCAUUUGGUGUGCAAUGGUUACGACGAUAAUAUUUUGAAAAAAGAUGAAGAAGAGGCUGCUAUACCUGAAAAUCUCACACCAUUCACCAAGAUUAGGCACAAUUGUCAAACUGGUCGUUGGGUAUCUAUUCUUAAAUCCAGAUGGCAACCUACUCCAGCUGAUGGAAUUCAAAAAUUCGUGAUUGCCAAUAUGAACCGAGGUUUAGACAUUUACGACCAACAAGGGCAAAUGUUGGCUAGAUUGAAUGAAAGUGUCGGAGCAGUUCCCGCUGUGUCAACCUUCCAUCCAAGUCAAAAUUGGGUUGUUGGAGGCAGUGCCAGUGGUAAAGUUUAUUUGUUUGAAUAA